ACGAUAGCAGUGAAGCUGCCUCUCCUCCUUCCUCCCAUCCAUCCUCUUUACAAGAGCUCUCUGAUCCUCCACCAUGUAGUCACCUCAGUGCUGACAGCAGAGCUUUCUCCAUGGCAUCUUUCUAAACAACGACUCCUUCAUCCUCCGGUCCGAUCGAGACAUAUUUAGGCUACCGUUCAUCAUGCUGCAGAUCGGAGAUGAGGUGGUGUAUUUCUCGGCGGUGUUUCUGCUGGUGGUGUUGGGAACGCGGAGCGCCACUGGUGCCUCCCUCCUCACCGCAUUCCUCUACGUCUUCAUGGUGAUGUUCCGGUUUCCUCCGGUGCCAGGGGACCAGGCCGGCCGCGUCCUCCGCCCCAGGGCUCCAUCAGGCGGCGUCCCGGUGGUUGCGCACCGCGGAGGCAGCCACGAUGCUCCGGAGAACACCUUGGCAGCGAUCAGAGAGGCCAGUAGGAACGGGGCAACCGGAGUGGAGCUGGACCUGAGUUUCACAGCCGAUGGAGUGCCCGUACUGAUGCAUGAUGAGACUGUGGACCGCACCACCAACGGCUCUGGACCCGUCAGCAAACUGCAGUUGGUCCAACUUAAGAGGCUAGAUGCUGCUGCUUGUCACAGGCUGAAGGACAAGUUCAGUGGUGAGAAGGUCCCAACUCUGCAGGAGGCAGUGGAGGAAUGCAUCAGACACCAGCUGACCAUCUUCUUUAAUGUCAAAGAUCAACCUGAUAAGGCUGUAGCAGUGCUUCAUGAGAUGUAUAAGAAGUUCCCUGUCCUUUACAAUUCCAGCAUUGUUUCUUCCUUUGAACCCAAAGUCAUCUACAAGAUGCGUCAGACUGACCCCAACGUGGUAACAGCUCUUAUCCACCGCCCCUGGAGACUGAGCCGCUUUGGCGAUGGCACUUCUCGGUCCCUGUCAACAUCGGGUCAGCUGUGGAUGGGGGUUCUGGACGUCUUGUUGGACUGGGCCCAUCACCACAUACUGUGGAAACUCUGUGGGGUCUCUGCCAUCUUCAUGCAGAAAGACUUCAUCUCACUGGACUAUGUUCAGUACUGGGCAGAGCGAGGCGUGGAGGUGGUGGGCUGGACUGUUAACACCGCUGUGGAGAAACACUACUACCAAAACCUGCUGAAGAUUGGUUACAUCACUGACAGUCUGCUGGAAGACUGUGAUCCUCAUUACUAAAUGAUCACACCCAGACGUACAGGGAUGAUUAAAAUCUCAAGUGUUUAGACUUGUUAAAUAGAACAUUUUACAGCUUCUUGGAAAAGUUGGAAGUUAGAUACUCCUUGGUUAGACAUAAGACGACACAACUUCUAUAAUGACUACAUUUCCCACAGUCUUGUCCUUUCAAAGACCACACAAAUACUGAAAUAUGUAAAUUAAUUAAUUUAAAGUGGAGGGAAGCUAGAAAUUUGGUG